GUGCGAAAUUGUCUACACUCAUUUUUCAGGAUUGUCAUGUUUUACUAAAUAUUAGCUCUCAAAGGACCCAAACAUGGAAGAAGCUACUCCAAGUCAGUUGUUCCCACAUGUAUUGAAAUAUUUGAUCCAAAAUAAACUGGAGAAGGCUGCAAAAUGGUUCAAAAAAGAAACGGGAACGCAUCCUCCAGACACUGAUCAGCCAUCAGUCAUGGAUUUCUACAAGGCAUGGUGGAAGAAAGAUAAGACGUCAACUAAAAGAAAAGGUGAGAGUAGCCAGGCAGCAACCGGUGGACCUCUUGCAAAGAAGGUUCGAAAGAGUGAAACGAGCAGUAGUGAAUCAAGUUCGGACGAUGAAACGCAGACGACGUCAGUCAAGGCACCGGUAAAAAAAGUUGCAACCAGCUCAGCAGGACUGAAAAGAAAGAAUGCAGAAUCGAGCUCAGAUGAAUCAAGCAGCGAUGAUGAACCAGCGGUUAAACCCAAGAAAGUUCUUAAAAAAACUCCUGCCAAAAAACAACAGGAGAGUUCAAGCAGCGAGGAGGAAUCCAGUGACGAUGAAAAAACAGUUCAGAAGCCUGCAAUCCCUGCCAAAAAAGUCCCAGUGAAAAAGCAGGAGUCGAGCAGCGAAGAAAGUUCAAGUGACGAGGAAGAGACACCUGCUCCAAAAGUCACACCAAAAGGUAAAACGACGAAGCAACAAAAACAGGAUUCUAGUUCCGAUUCAGACUCUUCCUCGACGGAUGAAGAAGUAGUAAAAAAGAAUGCAGCAAAUUCCAAAGUUAGAAAAGCUGUUAAGGUUACACCUGUUCCAUCCAAGUCCAAACCAGCUGAGUCUAGCAGCUCAGAAAGUGAUUCAGAAGAGGAGGUAAAGAAAAUGCCAAAGGCGAAGCAAACGCCAAACAAGGCUAAAACAGUACCGGUAAAAAAGGCAGAAUCAAGCAGCUCGGAUAGUGAUGAUGAUAGCGAGGAGGAUGUUGCCCCUAAACCAGUAAAAGUUGCCACACCAAAAGUGAAAUCAACUUCAAAAGUUACCCCAAAAGUUACCCCAAAAGUUACCCCAAAGGCCCCUAUUAAAAAGGCGGAGUCGUCUGAAUCUUCUGAAAGUGACUCUUCGGAUGAUGAGAGUGCUGCUAAACCGGUGAAAGCUACCCCAAAAGGUGUCAAGGUGAAUGUGAGUAAAGCCAAGGUGCCUGCUGCAAGUAGUUCAGAGUCUGACUCGUCAUCAGAGGAAGAAGGUGAAAAAGUGAAACCAGCUCCGAAGGCGACCAAGGUGACCCCCGCAAAGACUCCUUCAAAGAAGAAGCCCGUCUCAAGCAGCUCUGAGAGUGAUUCCUCAUCAGAUGAAGAGGAAGCAAGUAAGAAGACUCUAAAUGCAACAAAGUCUCAAACCAAGUCUCCUGCGGCUAAGAAGCCGGUCGAAGACAGCAGUAGUUCAGACUCAGAAAGCGAUUCAGAUGUUCCUGCUCCCAGCAAAACGGCCAAAUCUCCUGCAACUAAGAAGCCAGUUAAAGAUAGCAGUAGUUCAGAUUCAGAAAGCGAUUCGGACGUCCCUGCUCCCAGCAAAACGGCCAAAUCUCCUGCAACUAAGAAGCCGGUCGAAGACAGCAGUAGUUCAGAGUCCGAAAGCGAUUCAGACGUUCCUGCUCCCAGCAAAACGGCCAAAUCUCCUGCGGCUAAGAAGCCAGUCAAAGACAGCAGUAGUUCAGAAUCAGAAAGCGAUUCAGACGUCCCUGCUCCAAGCAAAACGGCCAAAUCUCCUGCGACUAAGAAGCCUGCCGAAGACAGCAGUAGUUCAGACUCAGAUAGCGAUUCGGACGAUGCUGCUCCCACCAAAACAGCCAAAUCUCCUGCACCCGGUAAACAAGCCAAAUCUCCUGCGACUAAGAAGCCAGUCGAAGACAGCAGUAGUUCGGAAUCGGAAAGCGAUUCCGACGAUGCAGCACCCAGCAAACCUCAAACCCCCAAAGCAGUGAAGGUUAAUGGCAUUCAACAUGGUAAUGACUCUGAUGGCAGUAGCGAGAGUUCCGAGUCGGAAGAGGAAAAGACGCCAGUGGCGAAGAAACAGGUCUUGACAAAGAAGAGACGCCAAUCAUCAAGCAGCGAAAGUGAUAGCGAUGAGGAGGAAGAAAGCCAGAAGAAUAUCAAAGGAACACCAACCCAAGAUGUCAAGGAGACACCCAAAACACCUAACACAGUCCCAAAGAUGAAGAAGGGGAGGAAGUCCAAUGAACCAUUUCGCAGAGUAAAAGAAGAUGAUCAUGAGGUUGAUUGGCGUCUCAAGGACAAUUCAUUUGAUGCUAAGAGAGGAGCUUCUGGUUGCUGGGGAGAGCGAGCCAACAGAGAUCUGAAGGUGGUGAAGGGCAAGGCGUUCCGUCAUGAGAAGACCAAGAAGAAGAGAGGCAGCUAUAGAGGCGGGCAGAUCUCCACCACAAUCAACUCCAUCAAGUUUGACAGUGAUUGAGUGAUUGCCAUGGAAACAGACCUCGUGUGGACAUCUGGCAAAUGGAAGAGGGGAAAGAUGACUUCUCAAAGUGAAGCCAAGAAAUCAGUUUUGUAACCUGCUGAUGGCCAUCAUGACACCUUUAAAG